AACAUCCAUUCACUUGUUUUUAUAAUUCAGAACCCCUGACCUGUCAUAAACAACGAAGAUGGCUUAAGGUAAACUCGUUAUCUGUUAAUUCUUUUAACGUUGACAUGAUGUGUGUUACUAUCCACAAGGUUUUUCAUUUCGUUUAAUGAAGAAUUAAAUUUGUUUGCAAUUAUGGCUCAAGCGAAACUUCACUCGCAGGAAGAAACAAGUAGCACACUUAACGAUAAAGAGAAGGAGGCUGACGAAAAAGAAGGUUCAACAACAGUCUUAGAAUGUGCAGUCUGCCUUCAACCAUGUAUAUAUCCUGCAAGAUUACCUUGCAAUCAUAUAUAUUGUUACCUUUGUGUCAAAGGUGUUGCGAAUCAAAGCAAAAGAUGUCCCAUGUGUCGUCAAGAAAUUCCUCCUGAUUUUCUUAAUAGACCACAGCUGGUAGAAGUAGAUGAAGCACAAAAGGAAUCAGAACAUUUUGAAGAAGAAUACCAAUGGUUUUACGAAGGUAGAAAUGGUUGGUGGAAAUAUGAUUCAAGGACUAGCCAGGAUUUGGAAGCUAUUUACAACCUAGGUUGGUGGCAAUAUGAUCAACGUACAAGUCAUGAAUUAGAAACUGCAUAUAAACAAGGCAAACGGAAUUGUGAAUUAUUGAUCGCAGGAUUUCUUUAUAUUGCUGAUUUUGGUUCAAUGCUCCAAUUACGUAGAAAUGAUCCUUCUAGACGAAGAAAAAUUAAACGUGAUUUAUAUAAUGUACCAAAAAAAGGAGUAGCAGGUUUAAGAUUAAUUAAUCAAGACGAAGAAAUCACUAGGGAAGUAAGAGGAGCAGAAAGACCAGCUAGUCCUGCAAGUGAUGAUAUGGGCACCGGAGAUGGUACAAAUACUCCAGUACCUCCAAGUAAUACACCACAAACACCAGCUGGUGGAACAGCAAGUGGUGAUGCUACACCUCUAAAUGACAGAAUGGAACAAAGAGACUCUUUACAUCAGGUAUUAGAACAAAUGCGUUCCUUAGUUCUGAGAGAACAUUUAUCUUCAGAUACAGAUGAUGAAUUAGAGGAAGAUGAAGGAAGUGAAUCACCUUCCACUCAUCCUACAUUAUAAUGACUACAAACAUCUAAUAUUUCCUAUUCAUCAAAUGAAGAUCAUUUUUAAAAAGUUUAAUUUAUUGAAAUAAAUGUGCAUCCUAUUAAAUGAAAAAUAUAGUAUGAUAAACUCAUGUACAUGUUCAAAGAUGCAGAACAUUUAUAUAUGUAAUGUACUGACAUGCAAUCUGUACAUUGCUCUGUGAUGCUUAUUAAAAACAAAACAAUUAAGUACAAUUAAGUCUUUCACAACUAAAUAUUCAGUGGAUGAUCAUUUUAAAUAUUCUUUUGCAUAUUACGAAUGUUCAGGCUUUAUAAAUGUAUAUAUUAGUAAUUUUACACUUUUUACCAUCUCCUUAAAAAAUGUUCUCCAGGAAAGAAAUAUCAUUCCAUGUUCCUGUACUUUAAUGUUGAUUCUACUUAAUUCAUGUUUAUGUAAUUUUCAUAAUUGUUGUAAAUUAUGUUAUGUCGUAACUUUAGGUUAUUGAGAGUAAUUAAGAAUAUUUAAAAUUUAUUUGUAUCUUAAAAAAUAACAAUAAUCUACUGUUUUUGCACAUAAAAUGUUAAUAUAUUCUGAAA